AGCCAGCCUCCCGGCGCGGUGCAUUGUGGGCCCCGUGCUCCGAAGAGUUGUGUGGAAAGUACAAGGAGCGAGGAGUCUCUCUCUCUCUCGGGGCUUUUCUGGAAAAGGCGGCGAGGAUGGAGGCGGAGGURAGGCGGGCUUCCUUCUGGCUGCUCCUGCUCGUGCUCCCGGCCUCUUACGGCUUCGCCACCGCCUUCGACAGCGACUUCACGUUCACGCUGCCCGCUGGCAGAAAGGAGUGCUUCUUCCAGCCCAUGCAGAAGGAGGCCUCGCUGGAGAUCGAGUACCAGGUUCUAGAUGGAGCAGGUUUAGAUGUAGAUUUUCACCUUGUAUCACCAACUCAUGAAACCUUGGUUUUUGAACAAAGAAAAUCAGAUGGAGUGCACACAGUGGAAACACAGGCUGGUGAUUACAUGUUCUGCUUUGACAACACAUUCAGCACCUUGUCAGAGAAGGUGAUUUUCUUUGAAUUGAUCUUAGAUAACAUGGGAGAUGAAGAGCAAGAAGAUUGGAAGCAGUAUAUUACUGGCACUGAUCUUCUGGAUAUGAAGUUAGAAGAUAUUCAGGAAUCUGUCAAUAGUGUGAAGUCCAGGCUAAGCAAAAGCAUCCACAUUCAGACCCUGCUCAAAGCAUUUGAAGCUCGUGAUAGAAACAUACAAGAGAGCAAUUUCGACAGGGUAAACUUUUGGUCCAUGGUUAACCUGGCAGUAAUGGUUGUAGUGUCAGCUGUUCAGGUGUACAUGCUGAAGAACCUUUUUGAAGAUAAAAGGAAAAUUAGAACGUAAUGCCAGGGUAAACAAGGAAAAAUUCAGUAAACUGCUGCAGAGGAGAUUGAUGGCACUUCAUAGCUUGUUUUGAAUGGACAAAUGUGAGCAGAGUGCCUUUCUUUGCUCCAAAAAUUUAGCCAUUAAAUGUAACUGAAUACUUCUCUGAAUAACCUUGACCUUUUUACUUUGAAGAAAUUACUUGAGCAAGUUUAGAUUUUUACUAUUUACCAUAUUUGCAUAUACAUGCUGUCUUAACCACUGUCAGCCUAAAUAUAAGAUUUUUUUUAUUAAAGAGUAAAGAACAUUUCAUAGUUAUGAACUGGAGGUGUAUUCAGCAUUUCUGAUUUGAGAAGCUCACUUAAAAAUAUUUUAUAUGGGUACGGUAUACUGUUAUUAAAGUCCACUUGUUUUGAGUGGCUAUAAGUGAAGACUUGUGAUUGAUACCAAUUAACGGAAAUAUUCAGUCAAUUAACAUCAAUAUUGUAUUGCCUUUAAACAGUGUGGCUUAAGUCCAAUUGCUAGUCAUAAUAAUUAUGGUAGACUUUUGGAAACAGUGAGAUUUACAGAUAUGACAUUAUGCAAUUAAGUAGAUCUCCCGUCCCAGGGAUUAACAUGUUGAAGAGACACCAAUUUUAUUUAUCUUCUGAAGACAAAAUAUUGCCUUUGGUUUAUGUAACCUCUUCAUGAUGCAAGCACUUGGGCAUACUAGCAAUUCAGUGUUUAGAUCCGACAAUUAUUUUUAGACUUCCAUUACUACCAGUUUCAUUUGUUAGCUUUUGAGACUUCUGCAAUCCUGUAUUUAUUCUGCCAUUCAAAUUAGUAAAAUAUGGAUGACCUAUAUAGAGGCCUAUGUCUGUGUCUUAAACCAAAGUUUGACUAUUACAAUGUUCUUCAUUGAUUACAUCACAUGUAUACUCCAGAAAUUAAACUGUUCAGAGCAAGGUAAGAACCUAGAAAAACUACAAUUGCAAGGCUUGUGAUGAGUUAAGUAGCAUCUGGUCUCAUUUCUAAUACAGUGGGGCCUCUGUAUAUCCCUAGGGUUUGGUUCCAGUGAAUACAAAAAUCUGGAUAUUCAAAUUCCCUUAUAUAUGAUGACAUAGUAAAAUGGUGUCCCUUAUAAUUUCUUUGUAAAAUAAUGAUUAUGUUUGACCUUGAGAACAAGUCACUUUCAGAUUAACUGAAAAUCCAACUUUUAAAAAGUUUGCAGUAUUUGUUUCUUGCUACUUUCCUUAUGAUAGAAGAGAAUUUAAAAACUAAUGUAUGGAACCCUUUGCUUUAGAGCCAAUUUUCCCCUGGAAUGAGUUAACCAGAAGUAUUACCCCCCCCCCCCCAAAACCACAUGAAUCCUUUAAUGUGAAACAUCUGUGGGAGGGCUUAAACCUGGAGAAUUGUCCUCCAACAGCCCCUAGAAGCUGAAAGUUGUCUUUUUCAGUGAAAAAAAAAAUCAGUAAUAUGGGGGCUUGCAUUUACUUUCUGUCUUAAAGAUAGUUCAAGAGAGGAGACGUCGUGGCACAAUGGGUUAAACCCUUGUAUCGGCUGGUCUGAAGGUCAGUGGUUUGAAUCUGUGAGACGGGGUGAGCUCCCGUCUGUCAGCUCCAGCUUCCCAUGCGGAGACCCACAGGAUGGGUAAUAUAUCCUGGCAUCCACUGGGCAACGUCUCUGCAGACGGCCAAUUCUCUAAUAACAGAAGUUUCUCAAGUCACUUCUGACAUAAUAAAAAAAGAUUGUUCAAGACUUUUUUAGAUGUUAGGUCUAUACCACGUUCUUGACUGUCAAAAAUAAUGUAAAGCCCUUAAUAAACUAUUAACUGGAGAUACUGAAAUUUGCAGCUCUUCAUGCUGGUAAGCUGAAGAGGGAAAACUGGAAAACCCUUAUUUGGUUUGAGCUAAAUUUCAUUUAUAUGAGCCAAGCAAAAAAGAAAAGAAAAAAAAUAAAGAAGUAAAAAUAGGUAUAAACUUAUUUAAUAUAUACUUCAUAAUGCCAUAAAAUAGUGUUCCAUGGCUAGAUGGAAGUGCUGGCUUCCUAUUUCACAUGUACGCUGUAUCCAAAGAUAUAAAUUGCUAACACGUAACUUGAAUAACAGGAAAAUUACUAUAUCACUGAAGUUGCAUUGAUAGACCUCUUUGCAUGGAUUUGUUUCACAUUAGAUGCCAGAGGAAGGGUUAGUUAAAUGACCACUGCAAGCCCAAGAGUCAUUUUUGAGAACGUAGCAGUGGGAAUCCCAAUCAAGAUCCCUGAAAACUAUAUGCAGCCACCUACUUAAUAUAAUAACCUUAAACUGCAUUGAUACUCUAAGUGCAGGGGUCCUCAAACAAGGCCUGAGGGCCAGAUACAGCCCUCCAAGGUCAUUUACCCGGCCCACACUCAGGGUCAAGCUAAGUCUGAAACUACUUGAAUGCACAUAGCAACAAUUCUAUCUCAUCAGCCAAACGCAGGCCCAUAUUUCCCAUUGAAAUACUAAUAAGUUUAUAUUUGUUAAAUUUGUUUCAUUUUCAUUGUUGUAUUGUUUUAAAGUGUUUUUUACACUACAAAUAUGUGCAAUGUGCAUAGGAAUUCAGUAUUUUUUUUUUCAAAUUAUAAUCCAGCCCUCCAACAGUCUGAGGGACCAUGAACCAGCCCUCUUGGUUUAAAAGUUUGAGGACCCCUGCUCUAGUGGCUAAAUGCACACAUGCUACCAUCCACUGAAAAUAGGCUCAAGUGAAUAAAAGAAUGGCUUUCUGUUCUAAAGGAGACCAAACAACUGAAAUGAGCACGUCCCUCCAAAAUGAACAACAAAAUUUAGAAUGUGAAUGACCUCAGGACUAUAGCACUGUUUGUUAAUAAAUAUCCAUACCAGAAAACUGUGACUAAUCCUUCUACCUCUGAUGUUUAUGCUACUGUUUAUUGGUCCAUUCUUCCAGGAUGAUACAAUUUUGACUUCCAGUAAGAAUUUUUAUAGAGGUAGUGGGUUUGUCAAAUAUUUCCUAACUUUGGAACUCAUGGGUAUAUUGUAUAAUUAGAACAGAGGACAAUAAAGCUUUUAUAACUUUGUAAGUGAAAUGCAAGAAAUUAUUUGUUAUUUGAACAAGAUAUGAAAUGGCUAAACAUGGAGCUGUGAAAUGAGAAAAGAUAAUAAAGAAAUCUUAACCCCUGUA